CCGGGAGACGGGCGGCGAGCAGCGCGGCGGCGAGGAGACCACCGCGCACACGCACUCACACACACACACACACACACACACACACACACACACACACAUCCCGCCCUCCCUCUGUGCCUGCUCCUUCCUCGCCCCCCGCCGCCUCCCCUGCUCUCCCCCCUCCUCCUCCUCCUUUCUCUGCGACGAGCGAGAGAGGGAGAGGGGGGAAAAAAGCCACUCACAGGUAUUUGUUUAGUGGAUCGGCGGCUUAAUUUAUCCCCCCCGCACCCCCACCCUCCCCAACGCCCCUCGCAGUUUGUUUACAAGUAUCAAAGUUGUAAUUGAGGAGCUGCCAAGGCACAUCUGGAUAUUUUUCUUCUUCUUCUUCUUCUUUGUGUUAGGGACUGAUGUGCAACUAAUUAAAGGCAGGCAGGCUGGUAGCGUCUGCACACUCAAGCCCCCCCAAAUAAAGAGCCUGCUGCGGCAGCUCCCGUGAGGAUGCAGGAGGAGCGGCUGCCCGGCCAGGCACCGACGGCGGGAAUGCGCCCGGAGCAGGAGGAGGAGGAGGAUUAAGCGACACCCCCCCGACCCCCCUCGCCCCGUCCCUCUCCCCCCGGCCCCCCACCUUCCCGCCCCGUCCUUCCCCGCCGCCCUCCCCGGCCACCAUGAACACCAACGUGUGCGUGGAGAGCGGCCCCAACCCCGAGGCGCCGGGGCUGCCCAAGGACAGCCACCUGCCCGAGGGGGCCCUCAACAGCCUUGUGGAUUACAACUCGGAGAUGGAGAGGUACCGCUCCUUCGCCACCUUCUACAAGACCAACGGCGGCGCCUUCCCCCAGGCGGCCAAGAUCGCCCGCAUCACCACCCCCAUCUUCCCCAGCGCCGCCGCCGCCGCCGCCGCCCGCAUCGGCAUGUCCCCCUGGAACUGCGACACCGCCACGGCCGCCGCCGCCACCGCCAUGCUCUGGGGCAGCGGCGGCGGCGGCGGCGGCGCGGCGGGCGGCGCGAGGAAGCCCUCCUCUGCCGCCGCCGCCUCCGCCUCCGCGGCCGCCGCCGCCGCCUCCUCGCUGCACGCCGGCAGGGGCAGCAUGCACCACCGGAGCGACUCGCAGCGGCUGGGCAAGCCCGGCUGCCCGCCGGCCGAGCAGCCCGCACUGCCCAUGGCCAACGGCAACUUCCUCUCCACCCUCUCCCCCGAGCACUGCCGGCCGCUGGCCGGCGAGUGCAUGAACAAGCUCAAGUGCGGCGCCGCCGAAGCCGAGAUCAUGAACCUCCCCGAGCGCGUCGGCACCUUCUCGGCCAUCCCGGCGCUGGGCGGCCUCUCCCUGCCCCCCGGGGUCAUCGUCAUGACGGCCCUGCACUCGCCCGCCGCGGCCUCAGCCGCCGUCACAGACAGCGCCUUCCAGAUCGCCAACCUGGCGGACUGCCCGCAGAGCCACGCCUCGGCCUCGCCCGCCUCCGCCCUGGGCGCCGCCGCCGGUGCGGGGGGCGGCGGAGGCAGCGGCGGCGGCGGCGGCGGCGGCGGAGGGGGGCCGGCGGCGGCGGCGGGGCCGGGGCCGGGGCGGGCAACCCCGCCAAGAAGAAGCGGAAACGGUGCGGGGUGUGCGUGCCCUGCAAGCGGCUCAUCAACUGUGGAGUCUGCAGCAGUUGCAGGAACCGCAAAACGGGACACCAGAUCUGCAAAUUUAGGAAAUGUGAAGAGCUUAAGAAAAAACCGGGCACUUCGCUAGAGAGAACACCUGUUCCCAGCGCUGAAGCAUUCCGAUGGUUCUUUUAAGCAGUAGUGUAUCUUAUUUUCAAGGCAUUCGGAAGUGAAUGGCAAGCUAAAGUCUUGUUUUAAGAAACUGCUUAGUCCACCAUUGAAGAACAUACUCAGAUACUAUUUUCAUUUAUGUAUAGGGGUUUCCUCAAAAGCAAAAAGUCAAAAAUCUGGGAGCCUGGGGAAUUGGCCAGCUUCUUCACAUUCAGUACACCGAUUCUUUCUUUGAUGUAACUUAGCUAUUCUAGUGAAGUUGUUGUCUAUUUUUAAAGUGGCUGUAAAAAAAAAAGAAAAAAAAAAGUUUGGGUAAACCCCUGCUAUAAAGUCAUGUAUCUUUGAAAAGUAACAUAUCUAUACUUCAUUUUCAAAUAUAUGUGUUUCAGUACUGUAAACUGUACAGAUAGCCGCUUGUAUUUUGUGUGUUUAGACACAAGGAGACAAUCAUGUCUGAGCAUCAAUGGAGAUUAACGGUUUGUACACAACGGUGUGGUUCUGCGAGUUAAAUCCGGAGCAAUAAAUUCUAGCUUUAACUAUUAUUUUGCUAGUUGUUUAGCAGCAGCAGCAACAGCAACACUGUUUUACCAUGCAUCCUUCCAUAGAGACUUAAUGCCAAGUUUCCCAAGAUAAAAAGAUUGUGACGCAUCUAGCAAUUAUCUUCCGUCAUGGUGGUGUAAGAGGGGAAGACAUAACAUUUAAAAGUAAUCUUUCAAGCACUGUAUUAGAGUAGUGGUUUGUGCACUUGCAUUGCUUCCAAAGGAGCUUUACAGAGGGGUAUCUCUCAAAAGAUACUGUCUGGUGUCUGGCUCGCCUUUCACUGUCCUCUGAGGUGGAGUGCCCAGCAUAGGCGGAUGUGCAAAGCCAGUCUUCUAUAUAAAGGUUGCUCUAGAAUGCAAAGCAAAGUGAGCACGAGACCUUAGAAAAAAUGAUGACUUGGCCUAAUUACCCUUCACCUUUGAGUUCGUAUGUAAGGUUUUCAGUCAAUGAAGUAAAUGCUUUAUAAAGUGGAUGCCAUAUUGUUGGUCCAAGUGGAGCUCAUUGCAGUUAAGUGAGUUUUGACCGUUGGAUAGGUUUGGGUCCUACUUGCACUUGUGUUCAUUUGAGAGCACAGAUAUUUUGCAGUAUAAAAAUGAAUUAAAAAAAAAAAAGUUUAAAAAAGACCACUUCCCCUCACAUGUUUCUUGGUCCACUGAUCUUGGCUUUGCUGAACAGCUGGUGCCUUAGGCCCCCAGAAGAAUGCUCUGCUGUUCUUCUUCCUGCUCUAGCUGCACAGAGGAAAUGUCUACUCCUCAAAAGGGCAGUGCACAGAGGGAUAUAAACUCGCAUGUCAUAAAAAAUAUGGAAGAUACUGAACUUAGGGAUACUUAUUAUCAGUUGAUCGUUACUUUUUAUUGCUUGGGUUCAUCGUACCACUCAUGAGUGAGACGGCCAUCCCAUCAAAAUAAGUGAAUGCUGUUUUGCCAUGUAUUUGGUAGAUUUAUUAUUUUAUACAAGAUAGGACUAUCGGUAGUUUCACAGACAAGGUGCUGGGCAUAGAAAUAACCAAUUAAUGAUGCACAGCAUGUUCAAAUCUCCUACUGUUUCAGCACUUUAUCCUUUUUUUGCUAAGUACUUCAGCCUUUGGCCACUGGUGAUGCUCACUUGGUGAAGCAAAGGGGAUGGCUGGAAAUGCUGCGGUGUGGGACCCGUGCAGGUGGGGAAGAUGCCAGCUUUGGCAGGGGAGCUCGCUCACAGAACUGGCAGGUGUUUGGAAUGGCCCAGAAAGCAAAGACUGAGGGACAGAGGAGGAGAAACCUCCUGAGGCCACAUGUGUGUGUCAGCAGGGGUGGGCAGAGCAUGGGUGAUCCAGGUAACUGGUGCAGUGUGGGUGGGCUGGGCUUACACCUGCGUCCUCAACAUCAGUGCACAUGUCCAUGUCUGUGCGUCAUAUGGCAUCACAUACAUGGCUUCAGAGAUGGAAUGUCACACUUGAGAUGCUUCCAUCAUAGUGCCCCUCUUACGGUUUCUGAGAGAUCCUCAGUUGAAUACUCAUCCAAUAGCCCUUCAAUGAGCUUUAUGUCUGUUAGUAUGGCAGUAUGUUAGUAUCCGUGUACAGAUUUUUUUUAUGUUGGAGACUUUUUGGUUAGGGCCUCUGUUACUGACCGCUAGACCCAUAUGAGCUCUGUAAGGUCUUCUCUACUAAAACGCUGAUUGAUUUACACACUGAAGCCUUAUUUGCACAUCUGGCUGGUAAGCUUGCCUUGCUUUUUGGAAAACUGUGAUUGCUCUUACAGAAGCACAGGCAAAAAUAAGUUCAGGCUACAUUAGGUGUACAAAGAUACUCAUAGAAAUGUACUUACUGUCUAAUACCCUAAUGUUGCAUGUCUUGAUGUGGUUUCUUUUUUUGUUUUGUCGUUUUGUUUUAAAAACUGAUGGAUCUGUGUAUUGUAUUUGUGGUGUUUUACAUGUCAAUUCAAAAUUGUUAAAACAAACAAGCAAAACAAGCAAACCUGUUAAUUACUGAAAAUGAACAAAAGUUGGUUUUUCUUUGAUUUACCCAUAUGGUCUUCAUCUCGGAUUUUGUUCCUUUGCACCUUCAGAUUUUUAGAUUUUGCUGAAACAGUAUUUAUGUGAUGUAAUGCGCAUACAGCAUUUUAAUUAGUGAUGUUUGAAGAAGGAUAUCCCAUUUCCGACCUGUCUCUCUCCACUACAGCCCUACCUUCACUCCCCGUUUACACAUGUGUUUGUCAGUUGGAUUAUUAUCAAGUUCUAAUUACCAAAUCUGUGCUUUUCACAAGGUCCAAUACCACUUUCCAGUGUGAAAAUUUGUAUUCUUCUCUGUCUUUCAUUCUUACAAUGCAAAAAAAAAGGGGGGAGGGGGCAAAGAAAAAGCAGAGCAUACUUUUGCCAUCUUCUAGGUGUGAGCACUAAGCCUAAUGGAAGCAUUUUUGGCAUACUCCAGAUAAACUUAAGAAAAAUGGUAAGGCUGAAAGGGAGGCACACGUACUCAUUCUGUCAAUUAAUAACAGACCCUCCCUAUGAGGGAAAAUACUCCCUUUUGUACAGAACCCCUGGUAUGCAAGUCUUACAAUUAAUGUUAAAGAAUAUAAAGUCUUCAAAUGGGCCAUAUCUGUAAUCAAAUAAUGAAGAAAGAAAGUAGUUAAAUGAACAUACCAUUCAGGGUCGAAUGUAUUCAGCAAAAAGCCGUAGUGGGUCUUUGAUCAUGGUUAGAUGCAUAGUGAUAUCAAACAGUGGGUUCUCAUGUAACAGCUAAAUGUUUCAGAUUUUGUUUUUAUUAAAUUUGGCAGUUUCACGCUGAGCCCUACUGUAUUCUUAGUGAAUAAAAGACAGCUCCUCUGUUAGAACGUACUUCAUUUUCACGAUUGCAGGGAACCAGGAGGGGUUUUUUAGAAACACGGGCCACAGAAAUGUACUCCUUUCACAGUGUUCUCCUAUUUCUGAACUGUGCAGUUAUCUAUUAAAUUUUCUAAUAGAUAUUUGUGUAAGGUGUAUGUAUGCUUGUGCAAUUAUGGAAAAAAACAGUUUUGGAAUACAGUGUAUUUAUGAAAAAAAAAUAAAUAAUCACUUAUGGGGCAUGUACAAAACUGUAUAAAAACAUUCAAUUUGCCCAGUAAAGUUGUUUUUGUGAUAUUUCUGUGUUGUUGAAUAAAGGACUUUAGUAUUCAAAACAUCUCUCUUUUUCCAUAAACAGGUUUUGUUUGUGGGAUCUUAAACAAAAAAUACCUCUUUUAAAAAGAAUCCUCAAAAUGAGCGAGAAAUUCCAAAUGCUGACCUCAGUCUUGUGUAUAGGAAUGAAUGCUUAUGAAGUGAUGGUACAACAGCUACAAAACUAAUUCCUUCUCAAUUGGCAGUUGAUGGAAACCCCAUAAGUUGUAUACCUGACGGUAAUACGCUCUGGAUUUUUGAAAAUAGCAGAAAAAAUACCACCUUUUUAAGACUAGGAAUGUUGACAUUUUGAGGCUAUCAAAAGGUUAGUGAAGUAGGAGCAAGAUGGAUUUCAGGAAAGGCUUCAACCCUUUAACACAGACCUCUGUUGUAUAAGAAGAGUGGACUAGUGAGGGUGAUGGGAUAAAUUUGCAGUUAGCUUUGUAAGGAAAAGCAUACAAAGGUGAAAUCUCACCUGUAACUCUUGCAACAAACAAUAGUCUUCAGACGAGAUCAUCCUGUUGCUGUUGGAGUAUUUGGGAUUACAAAUACAGUUUGUGAGAGAAUGACAAUAGUAUCUUCCUUUUUGUUUUACUGCUGCUCAUUCGAAGUUCUGCUCUUUAUCUGCCUUACAAACUAUACGUAGCGAAAGAAAUGGUUUUCUCUUGCCAUUUUAUUUCCCCACAUUACUUGCCAACAUUAAAGCAACUUCAGAUAUGUGGGAAAGUUCAUGGAUGUGCCGGCAGCACGUCAUCUGGUUUUGGUGAAAUUUGGAAUGUCAUUUCUCUGCGAAUAUUCCUUUAAUAAACAGGAUGUCUGCUCUUACGUGCCAAAACAGGAUUCUGAAAGGGUUUGAAACCUGAGGUAGGUCCUUUUUUCUGUGCGAUUCCUUCAAUGCCAACUGAUUUUCCAGGGAGAGCCUCGGUGCAUCCUUUUGUUUUUUAAAGAAAGCAACAAAAGUGAUAGGAAUAGAAGUGGAUUUUCCACUGAUCCUGUCUGCUCUCAUCGAAAUCUAUAAAGAUAUAUGUUCUUGGGAGACAUAGACCACUCAUUAGACAGUGCCAAGAGUGAAUCUUGAGGUCUGUUUGAAGAGGAGGAAAAGGGCUGCCAGGUUGCUCAGGCAGAGUGAGUGAUCUUUCUGGAUUAAAUAUAGAAUUCACAGGGAGGAAAUACACUCAUUUCGUGAGAUGGUCGAUUUGGAAGCGGGAAGAGGUCUCUGAGUUCCUAUUCCUUUAAUGCUUUAUCUUUCAACUUUUUUUCCCCUUGAGUAUUGUUUUAUACUAGUCUGAAUGAAAAACGUCCCUCGGCUCCAGAGAAAUACUCGCCCCAGAUAUGAACCUUGCAGUUUAAAACUACCUCUAGCUUUUUAUAGCUUUUAUUUUUUAAUUAAAAAAGAAAAUCGAAAAAAACCCCAGACAACAAGCAGGUAAUUCUUCAAAGCCAAAACUGACAAACUCAUUACUGAGCCUAUUAAAAGGAAGGAAAAUACCCUUUUGUGUGGAAGCUCAAUUCUUCCCGGCUCUCUUGGACUCAAUUUGGUUUUGCCACUAGCCAUUUCAGUGCUUUCUUACAUUUUUCCAAGGAACAAGUCUGAAAUCAUGAACGAUAUAGUGAUACAGGGCAAUGUGCCUUCCGGGAGGCCCUAGUCCUCCCCAGAUUCCCAUGGGCUUUACUAGAUAGCUCUUGAAAUUGGAGGAUAUUAUAUAGGUGACUUAGUUAUAAUUUCUACCUUAUUUUGCUGUAAGGAUCUACUCAGUCACCAGCGUGUGGUGGGCACAGAUUGAUGGUCCCCAAAUCUAUAAAGGUAAGAAAUACACCUUCUGAGUAAUAACUACAGAACAUAAAAUAGAGUUUGAGACCAUUGGAACCAUCAAAGGAAAGAAAGGUGAAGUUCAGCAUCAGCAAAGAUGUCAGCAUCUGCUCCCACUAUUGCUUUGUUUCUGUUUGACACCUGGUUUUUAGGAUGGACAUACUCGUCUUGGUAGCUGGGUCCUUCAGCAAGGCAGUUUUGCAUAAGAUAGGCAGAAUGAAGGAGUUGUGGGUAGCAAAUUGUAAUCUUUCAAGACAAGCAUCUAGAGUGCCUAAAGAAGCUGUGAUGUUCAGGAAGUAUUUCCAUGGCUCUUGUAAGUUUUCAAACUAUAUUAAAGGAUUGUUGCAUUUUUCUUAAUCUAAUAAGCAGGAAGAGUUUGUUGUGCUACUGCCCAUUCCCUUAAAAAGGGUUUUAGGAAUUAGCCUUAACGGGUUAAUUUCCCAAUAAACUUUGAAGGUACUUCCUAGUCUAAUAGGACUUCCCCAUAAGAGAAGAUGUGGGUUCAUUGGCCUGUGUAAGGCCCCUUUGCCUUGUAGAGUCAAGGAUCUUUGGAUAGAAAGAUAGAAAGGAUAGAAAAAAAAUCAGCAGAAUUCUUGUAGAAAGAUCUGCAGGUGUCAUGAUGUCAGUCAGAGCCCAGGUUAAUUAUUCUGUGCAGUUCUUCCCAGCAUGGUUUAUGAUGUGUGUAAGCACCCUACAUUUGAGAAGAAAACACCCUUCUUCCUUUACUCCUUUACAUCUGCUGUGUAACACUAACCCUCUUCUUUAGGAAAGCCCAAACGUUAGAAGAAAUACAUCUCUUUUUGGCUAGUCAUUUUCCUUUGGAAAGAGAGAGAGAAGAGUUAGCCCAGGUCAAAAACCCCCUGUUGCUUGCCCAAAUUUCUUAACACAGGUGUUCUCUGCAUCAGAAGUAGCUUGUUAGCAAAGUCUAUACAUCAGCUUGAUAGUCAGACACAACCCUACAGAAGAUCAACACCAAAGCAAACAGGACCCAGUGGGGAACAUUCCCACCAUGACCUCCCUGGUAUAUGCGACACACACAAGUCUGUGCCGGAUGUCCAACACCCCUUCCCCUCCCAGGGAAUCAGGUUUGCUAUGCCCAGCAGAGAGGUGAACCUCCCAGAUCUGAUGAGCAGAUAGCAUGCUGGAGAGCUGUUAAAAGGAGAAAAGGUUUACACAUCCAGACAGUGAUUAGAAUAUCUUGACCACUCGUCUUGUCUUAGCUUCUGAUUUCUAGCUGUGAGUGCCUGAGGCCACCAGGCUUCAUGAGAAGUAGCCGGACUGUUGAGUAUACCUAGUCUCUUAUGUGCCUGCAUUUUAAUAGUCAUACCUAGAGACUGAUAGUGAAUUUGACCAGCUGGUGUGUUCACCAAGAAUGUACUGUUUAAUGCAAAAUUAUAACAACAGCUUUCAACCUGGUUUUCGAGAAUUAGUGGGUAAAUAACCUGAUCUAAAGAAAUCUGUCACCCACAUUAGGAACCGUGAACUAAUUAUUGCUUUCUGAUAUUCUGCUCUUACUUGUUUUGCCUUUUCAUCCUGAUUGUUUGCAUUCCUAGGACUGAUUUGCCUUUUUGAUGCAAUGCCAUGUGAUCUGCUGAUUAAUUUUUGUGAUCAAUCAUAGACUCCAACCUAUGGCUGACUCAGUAUAUUUUUAUGCUACGCUCCAUAAACAUUCAUUCAUUAUGAUUACUGUGUGGAAACAAACUUUUACAGGCUAAUAAACUUGGAUUUGAACUGGA